UUAAAUACUUAAUUUGUCCAUUGUGGGACCUGUUAUUGUAACAGGAAGUGAUUCCACGUAUUCACAGUCGAUAUGUCCAUGACAAAAUGGGAUAAAAGGUCUCUGUGCUGAUGGAGAGAAAGCUGAAAUGAAAAAAAAACAAAUUUGUCUGUUUCCAGUUUACAGCCUCGUCCUGGUUGUCUGGAUACAGUCUGCUGUGCCAGCCAGUCGACUACAGUGACAGCCCACUGGCUAUGAGGAUGGCCAGAGUGUGCUGGUGGUUCUACUUCUCCAAAGUUAUAGAGCUCAGUGACACUUUGUUUUUCAUCCUGAGGAAGAAGAACGGUCAGCUGACCUUCCUGCACGUCUACCAUCACGCCACCAUGAUCUUCAACUGGUGGGCCGGGGUUAAAUAUGUGGCUGGUGGCCAGUCUUUCCUGAUUGGUCAGAUCAACUCCCUGGUCCACAUAGUCAUGUAUUUGUAUUACGGUCUGGCAGCUUUGGGACCAAGCAUGUUGAAAUACCUCUGGUGGAAGCGCUACCUCACCUCCCUGCAGCUGCUUCAGUUCUUUAUAGUAACCAUCCACACCACCUACAACCUGUUUGCUGACUGUGUCUUCCCUGACUCCAUGAACAUGGUUGUGUUGGCCUACUCUCUCAGCCUCAUCGCUCUCUUCAGUAACUUCUACUACCAGAAUUACCUCACCAAAAAGAAGAACAAGAAGACGUAGAAUGAAAGAAAGAGAGGAUAUAAAAAGCCAUGUGUGCUUGUUUUAGGGUGGAUUCGGGUAAUGUGGGACACUUAAGGUUUGGCUGGU